AUGGCACCUCAAGAUCAGUACCUCGAUGAUGAGGAGGAGACCUGCCCUCUCUGCAUCGAGGAGUUUGACCUCUCUGACAAGAACUUUCGACCUUGUCCCUGUGGAUACCAGGUGUGCCAGUUCUGCUUUCACAACAUCAAAAACAAUAUAAACGGUCUCUGCCCCGCCUGCCGACGACCUUACGACGAGAAAACAAUACAGUACAAGGCCGUCACAGCCGAAGAGCAAGCCGAGUUCCGCGCCAGGCAACAGACAAGCAAAAAGAAACGCGCCGAAUUACAAGGCCAAAAAGAGAUACAAAGGCGCGAUACCGAGAAGGAUGCGCGCAAGAACCUGGUCGGCAUACGCGUCGUUCAAAAGAACCUUGUCUACGUCACCGGCCUGACCCCUACCGUACGAGAGGACGAGCUACUCAAGACCCUUCGACAACCCCAAUUCUUUGGGCAGUAUGGCAACAUUCAGAAGAUUUCGAUUAGCAACCGGAAGACUCAAGACGGCCACAACCAGUCCCUGGGAAUCUAUGUCACUUUCGAGAAAAAGGAGGAUGCCCAGCGCUGUAUCCAAGCAGUCAACGGCUCCCAGAACGGCGAACGAAUCCUCAAGGCCCAGCUCGGCACGACCAAGUACUGUUCCGCUUGGCUUCGAUACGAGCAGUGCAACAACCGUCAAUGCAUGUUUUUGCACGAACUCGGCGACGAGGAAGAUAGCUAUACCAGACAGGAUCUUUCGUCGUUGAAUAGCAUGCAGACGCAGAGACCGUAUGGCGGCGGCAACUCUUCACGGUCAGCGUCUCGACAACAAGGGCCCCCUUCACAGUCGCAUCAAGUACCUCAGCCUAUGGUUCGCACCUCUAGCAAAGACGGAUCAGAGAGCGGGGAUGCUCCGGCUUUGCCAGCCUCAGCGAACUGGGCCCGCAGCCAACAGCAGCGUAGCCGGCGCGGCAGUCAUGCAACCAGCGGUGCAGCGUCGAGCCCGGCCGUGUCCAUGUCGUUGCCCGCAACAACCGAAGCGACCGAGGUGGAGGCCGUGGAAGCUGCGCCUCAAGAGCCGCCCCAGGAGCAUCCGGAAGCACAGCCCGAACCUCCUGCCGCAGAAGCAUCGAAUGAUUCUCUGGUUGCCGAGCCGCCAGAGCCGAAGAACCCCUGGGAUACCGCACUUGUUGGAAUCUUGAAGUCCUUGGGUGGCGCAGAGCUCAAGCUGCGACCUGUCACGCCCGACAACACCAUACCGCCUCUAUUUGACCCUCGAGGAGGCGAGCGACGGCUGGCAAUGCGAGACGAGGAGGAGCGCCAACUUAAUGGAGAGCAAGAGCAACAGCAAAUUGAACCAGUGGAACCACUCGAGCCCGAGGGAGAGCCCGAAAGCGGAAGCUUGGCUUUGGGGGGUGAGCCGGAGGAGCGCGAUCAGAGUCGCGAAACGCAUACUUUUGAGCAGCGUCGGUCGAUCGCCCAGGUACCUAUCCAGCGUACCAAUACGGAAGGCUUGUUUGGCCCCAAUGUUGGCUCCAGUUUCACCCAAGGUGCAGCCAACGUUGCCACAAUCGGCAACCGCACCUUGACUCCACAGCAGCAAACCUACAUGCGCCCGCAAGCCAGCUUUGCGGAUAGCAUGCCACCUGGUAUCAACGCCUCUCAGUCAGCGCUGUUCCAGGGACAGGGUCAGGGCCAUAGCCGGCAGACAUCGCGCUAUAGCUUCGCCAACGAAAAUCAACCCUCGGCCAACACCGUGAAGCUUGCUACGAACCCUCGUCUCAUGGCGCAGCAGCAGGCUUCCAUGAUGCCCUCAACUUUCCACUCGCAGCCGAGCGGCCAGUACUACUCCUCAUCCUCUAUGCCUGGUCCUCCACCAGGGCUCAAGUCCACGGGAACACCCCCGAGCAUGUUUGGCCAGGGCAACGCGUUUGGCAGCUCUGGAUUCGGCGCGAAGGACUCUAACGAGGUUCUUCAAAAUCUGAUUAGGACUCGAGCUGGUGGAGUCGGCCAGGGCCAUGAUGCUAACAAGCGUGAGUACAUAUUUCCUUCAUUUCCCAACCAGUACCCACCUUCCUCCUCCUCCACCCCAGCUCCUGCUACCGCCGGCUUCAUGGGAGCGCUCUAUAACGGAGCAUACCAAGAUCUCGGUGCCAAGCAGAAGAAGAAGGGGAAGAAGCACAGGCACGCUAACACUUCCUCCUCUGGGGGGAGUGGCUUAGUAGAUCUUGCGGACCCGAGCAUCCUGCAGGGCGAGAAUCCAGCAUCAUCAACAGAGCAAUGCCGGGAUGAGGACGAUCCGUUCCUGAACGACGCCACCAACAUCGUCGACGCCCUCGUGUCCGAUGAUCCGGUUGACGAAGAGACUUCGGCAACAGCGGAUGCGUUCCAGACGUUCGUUGUGCCCACAGCUCCGGCCGUCCCGCCUCCUGGCUUGGGCUUCAUGGCUCACGGUCAUCCUCCGCGAACCGCGACGCCCCUACAAGCGCCCCCGGGACUUGUUGGCCCUGCAAUUGCCCCACCUGGGGGCCUGCUCUCCAACAACACCCCUAGCCCUGUUGUUCCGCUCAAGCCAGCAUCUGCAUCUCCUGCUUCGGCUGCUGGCUCCGCGAGUGCGAGCAAGAAAGGAGCUGAGCCGGCCACGGGAGCUCAGGCCAAGAAGAACAUCAAGGCACUCGCCCUCGACAGUGGCUUGUCUAUGGAGAUUGCUUCCCAGGCGAGCACGUCCGCCAAGGGCAAGAAACCAGUGCUUCAGGAUGAGGACUUCCCGGCUUUAGAAUCUGCUAAGCCUGUGUCUCGAACCUCGACACCUGCGCCAGCGAAGGCCCCCUCUAUCAAGACUCCGAUGGUUGCGAAAAAGGUCCAAGCCGAGACCCCAAAGUCUGCUACAACACCUGCUGCAAGCGAGACUCCCACCCAGCUUGCAUCUGCGCCGAAGGUCGAGAGGAAGGCUGAGAGGAAGGUUGUGCCGGGGGUUCUAAAUAUUGCGGCCGCGACCAAAGCAGCUGCGGCAAAGUCCAAUCCUCCCUCCGCUGUGACAUCGGCCGUGGAGAAAGCGGACGAAUCAGCGUUCCCGGCGUUGCCAACGCCAAGUUCGGUCUCCGUAUCCUCGCCUGCUACCCGAGUGCCGAAAACUUUGCGAGUUGUCUCGACGCCGAAGGCAGAGACGCCUCCGUCUAUGUCCGCCGGGGCUGCUGCGCCUGUGUCUCUCCGUCAUGCUUUCAGCACUUUGCAGCGGCCAGAGACUCCAGGCAGUGCAGAUGUCUCAGAUACGGCGUCCAUUCUAUCAGCAUCGGCAUCCGCUUCUCGGACGAACUCUCCACCGCCUGGUCCUUCGCGAGUCGGCUCAGCCGCUGUUCGAAACACAACCAAGAGUCAGCAACGCAAAGCGAGGAAAGAUGCGACAAAGAAAGAAGCGGCUGCGAUAUCAGUCCAGACGAAGCCGGAACCGGAAGUUGUGAUUGCACCCAUCGACGCGACCCCGCCAGUGGAGAGUCGCCCUCAGUCACCUGGCCCAGCAGAAAGGCCCGUCGAGAAGGAGGGCAAGCUCGCAGCCGAGGAGAAAGUUUCUACCUAUCGCCAGGCCGUUAACGAAUCUAUGAGCUUGGAAGAGCCGCUGAUCCCUCGAUCAAGGCGGAAGGAAGGUAAUGCCUCUUCCACUGGCGAGGUCUCGAAACCAGUGACAGACAGGCCGAUUCCUCCACCGGCUGCUAUUCUCCAUGAGCUCGCAUCUGCUGGCUGGAUCUCAGAUGUUGACGCGCUUGGCCUUUUGAAGGGCAUCACAAGCACCUCUCACCGCUCUGAGCAGUACACGCCUGUCGUGCCCAAGGAUGGCUUGACCGAGAUCAAGUCUAUGCUUAGUGACGAGGACCAGCAGGCCCUCCUCUCUGGCAAGCCCGUGCACAAAAUUAUCGAUGGCUCGCGCGUUUUGCUUACACCCAACGGCAACUGCGUGCGCAACCUGACUGCCGCCGAGGAGCAACGCUACCUCGAAUUGCUGGCGGAACUCGCUGCGAAGGUCGGUGAUCCGGCAACGUAUGUUCACACACGUCACGAAGCCGGCAACGGCUUCAGCGUGGUUAAGGGUCGCGCCGUCGCCAAUGGCACGCCGAGCUACUUCCCUCAAGGGCCAGGAACCGCUACUGCUGACGGUCUGCGUCUACCUGCGGUCUCAGACCCAAUGCAGAAGAUGACCCGCGAGGAGGCCCUCGCCAACAUCAACCAGUCGAUCCUGCCGCGUCUCAACCUUGGCACGGCAAAUUUGAACACGCUCGCGGCCGUCACUGAUCCCAAGCAUUCCCUCAACACUUCACCUGGCGCAGGUCAGAACAACAAUGCCCCUCAGACCCCGCCUUUGUCCAAGCAGGAUCUGGCCAACGCAACCAACGCACUCAACUCGCUUGCUCCGUUGAUUCUCAAUUUCGCAUCCUCCGGGUCGCCAUCGUCCACUGCCGCGCUGGCUGCCGAGCUCACGGGCCAGUCUGCGGGCUCAAGCCUGGCGAAGCUCGACCCGGCAGAUGAGUUCUCGGGCAUGGCGAACACCAUGACAGCGACGCCAUCGAUGCCGUCGCUGGCGUCAUCGGUGGCAGGCAAGAGCGGUAACGUGGGCGGGUCGUCGAGCGCGCUAGCCAACUUCCCGAUGAUGAGCGUCGAGGACAUGGAGCAGGCGUUCACGCUCGCCAAGAAGGAGGCCGAGAAGAUGGAGAAGAGCCUGAACCAGGUGAUUAAGAAGAACCCGGAAGCUGCUCUCCCUGUCGAGCUCCGGCUCGGCGGCCCCGCGACCUGGGCGACAACGUCUUCAAAUGCGCCCAAGACAUCUUCUGGUACCGCCAGUACCACCGCUGACAACAAGGCAACGCGCCUCCGGAGACGCGAGCUGCUACAGCGUGGCAUUGCGAGAGUCGGGCUAGCUGCGUCCCGCGCCGUCGGAUUCGACGAGCUGCGGUUUGGCGGCGUCCUCGGCGUGAGCUGCGGAUUUGCGCUGCGAGCGACUGUCGCUGCGGUCUGUAUGUUCAGCGUCGUGGUGGCAAUGUGGAUGGUCACGGUGGUCGUGGGGAUUUACAGGUUUGGGGCGUGGACAGUGAGGGCCUUGGUGGCCCUUCUCGACUGGGUCGGGGCCACGUACUAA